UGCGCUGCUGAGUCCUUGGAGAGGAGAGACAGGGAAGAACAGCAACAGGUGUACACAGAGCAUCUCCGCCAGCCACGCGCCAGGAGGAGAGCGUUACCGCGUCGCUUGUCGGGGGAUGAAUGCAAAUGUAUUAUCUCUGGUGGUUUAACUGAAGUCAGAACGGUUGUUUAAUUCAUAAACUUUUAUUUUCUGCUCUUUUUUUAAAUUUAAAUGUCAGUCUAAAGACCCUUCAAGGCUACAGCGCGUGCGUAAAUUCCAGGAUGCCAGUUUUGACGAGCCCAGAUAUAGCCAACAAGUUCAAAGAGAGGUGGCUCGCGGUGUUCCCGGAGGAUCAGGUCUUGGACUCCGCUCCCCUGGACGACAGUCUCACCAGUCUCCACUGGCUCCAGAAUUUCUCAAUCAUCAGCACGGACCCGGAGCGACCCAACGCCGCCGGACCCGGAUGCCCUUCCUCGCUACAGCACCACUUCCUGAGACGUCUGGGCUUCCCCAGAACGGGCACUGACUCUCCUUCUAGCCCACCGGCCGGAGACACAGCCGCCAGCGGGAUGUCUCUGCACCCCGGGAGCCCCUUCACGUCCGGUAGCGACUCCCAGCGGUUCCCGAACUGCGCGCACCCAACACCCGGCUAUCCGCAGAUCCCGCUCCAGACAAGCCCGCAGGUGGAAGUGGACUACAAAACUAACCCUAAAGUUAAACCACCGUACUCCUACGCCUCUCUCAUAUGCAUGGCCAUGCAGGCCAGCAAACAGCCUAAAGUGACUCUGUCCACCAUCUACAACUGGAUCACAGAGAAUUUCUGCUACUACAGACACGCUGAGCCCAGCUGGCAGAACUCGAUUCGUCACAACCUGUCCCUCAACAAGUGUUUCAAGAAGGUCCCCAGGCAGAAGGACGAGCCAGGGAAGGGAGGCUUCUGGCAGAUUGAUCCGCAGUAUGCCGACAUGUUUGUCAAUGGCAUCUUCAAACGUCGAAGGAUGUCCGCUAACCAGUACAGCAACAGCAGUGCCUCCCAAAGACCAAAUAAACUGGUUCCAAGUUACGACAGCAUCCAAGACACCUGCUCUUUUCCGGGAGUGGGCAGCAAACGAAAGCAUCUACCCUCUAAAAGCAACAAGCCAGUCAGAGCCACCGAGUCCCCUCUUCUAGUGAUGGAAGCUAACAAAAUGGACCUCCUCAAGGGGGACUUUGACUUGGCAUCUGUGUUCGACGACGUUCUGAGCGGGAACUGCAGCACCUUUGAGGACUUAGACAUCAACACGGCGCUCAGCUCCCUGGGCUGUGAGAUGGAGGUUUCCAUUCAUGGGAGGCAGCACCCCGCGGGACUGGGGAGGUGGUGUGGAGCAGGUGAUGUAAUGAGUCCGAGCCAGCACAUCAGCCACCAUCAGUCCUACGGCUACCUGGACCUGAGUGCUGCUUCCAUGGAGUGCUCGGUGAGCAUGGGAGAGCUCCAUGCAUCCCAGCAGCAUCCGCUGCUGAGGCAGCAGCAGCUGGACCAAGACCAGCCGCUCCAAGGUCAGCACCAUCUGCAGCAUUUUGACGAACCAACCUCUCUGUUCCCAGAGCAGUCAAGAGAGGCUGUGCUCCAGCCAUGGGAGGAGAUUAAAGAAGAAGCGCAGGCUAUUCCUCUGACCCUGGAUCAGGGAUUUGGUCUGUAUGAGGGCUUCUUCACGGAAAUGCCGCCUUGGGAAUAAGCAGAGAGUUAUCUGUGACUUUGUCACAUCAAACUACUGUGCGGACAGUCUUGUAGGAAAGAAUAACACCACUACCAAAACUUCUAGUCCUUUACAAUCACUCUGCAAGAGUCCACAACUUUUGAAUGACACCGAUCAGCUGUAACACGACGAGCAUGGACCUGAUUACUAGCAGGUCGUUGGGGGAUCUACUGACUCAUCAGGGUGUGAGGUCCUGCCACGCUUGUUACUGAUACAUUAACAACUUUUUGAUGCUGUAGGUUGAGUGAUGGGGUUUCUGCGUUCUCAGAGAGGCAUCUAUGGAGCUUCGAGGCUCCUUAAACACAUCAAACUGUUGUCAGGCUGGUCGAGUUGUUCCUUAUUUUGGCAUGGGUGGGGGGAUUGUCCUGUGAUUUCUCUGCAACAAUAUCAGUAAGUUCACGAGGCCGGUAUCUGACUGAAGUUCGUCUCAAACCCUUGCAAAGGAUCAGUUUCCUCUGCAUCGUGAUGCUUACAUUUUCAACAUGUUCAAACAGUCAUUUAAGGGGCUUCCCCCCCUCGGCACAAUCAGUUUGUGUUUUUGUACGUAAAAAGUGAGAAACGAGAGAGAACUCUGUUAGGGGUUGGCGACCACAUUGUUAAGGCCAAUCUGGGGAAAUCGUGAAAGAAACCGAGACAACCAAGAUGCAUUGGAACUAAAUUUUGAUUGUCCAAAUGUUUUUACACAACCUGUUGCAAAUAUUUUUCAUGUACCAGUUCAGUGUAAUUGAAACUGAAAAACCCCGCAUACUUUUCACGAUAAGGUUGAACCAGUCUCAGCAACGUUGGAGGGAAGGAUGCAGGUUGUAAACAGUUCUAAAAAGACAAGUCUCAUUUGACCUGAAAGUUAAGGGUGAUAAUUUUUUGAAUGCAAACCUCAUAAGAGCCCAUUUCCUAACAGAGGCUGGUGGAAUAUUAAGUUUGGUAAUUGUUUGCAGACUUGCUCUCUUUUAUUUUAUUUUGUUGUGUCUUGUUGUCAAAACUGAUUUCAGAACAACUAAACCUGCAUCUGGACUCGCGUUUCUUCUAAAUCCAAGACUUUUAUGCGAGUUCAGCUAGAAAUGAGAGGGAAACAUUCACCAGAUAUUUUCUCCUUAAGGUGGAACUUCAGGAAUAGCAAUACGAAGACUCUUUUAUGAAAGUCGCAGUGACAGGAGAGGAAAGCCGAACAUCCACUGUCGAAGCACUCCAGUGAGGAGCACCGUCUCUUGAGAAACUGAUAAAACACCAGAUUUUAUUGUGCUACAUUAGCAUCAUUUUUUUUACUGACAUACAGAUAAAUCAUUCCUAUUAUUACUGUAGUUGAAAGAUGAAGUUAUCAAAUCUAAAUGAAGAGUUUUAAACUUAAGAUCAUAGGAAGACAUUAGAAAUCAGUCACAUUUGACAUUGUUGUAAAGUUGAUUUAAUAUAUAAAUAUUCAAUAAUGAGUACAGCAUGGAGCUUGGCUUCAAUCAGUUUUACAAAUCAGAUGGACGAGCAAGCAGAGGAGAACAUGAGCUGAGUCAUGAAAUCAAACAUUAUGCACUUUGAUGGGCAGCAGUUCUAGCAGAGUGGCAGAUCUGAUCAGGAUGUUUUAGUUUGGCAUGAUUUGCAUUUUAUGCUUGCUCUUGUUUUCAGAACACUGAACUCAACUCUGCAAUAAUUUAAGCAGGCAAAUGCUUCAAAUGACAUAAAAACACACAUAAAAGUGGGUUUUUAAUUAUGACGAAGCACCAGAUCUGUUGAGGAAUAUGCAGUUUGUUGUUGUUUUUGUGUCUGUAAUGAAUAAUAAGAAAAGAAGAUUCUGAUUUCUUGACUGGAGUGACAGAUUUUUGUUUUUAUCCUUACUAAUUAUGUUUGCGUAGUUCUUUUCUUUUUUAAUGUCUAACUUUUUUGACACAUCAGAUCAUUUAUAGAUUAUGAGCGGUUUGGCAACAAUACACAUUAAUAGGCUAGACUUUUUCACUGCAUCAGAUUAAACAUUGUUGAUCUCACCACAAGUUUAUUUUUACUUUUUUAAAGCUGUUUGAAAAUGCAAUCAUGCCUUAAUGCAAUAAAUGGUGUCAA